AUGACGAUGCAUAGCAAAGAUCCUAUAAACUUUGUCGCCUAUCGACAGCAGGGCGUCAACAAUUCUCCGCGAGUCGGACAUCUCGACGUAGAAUCGCAAAGUAUCCAGCCCCUCAGCUUCAACUCCGGAACACCUGUUGAGAACUUGUACCAGGUCAUUGUGGCAGGCGUUCACGAAUACAUUGCUGCUGAUCCAGUCUUAAGCGUGCAGGAUGUGAAGCUACUGCCUCCUAUCUCAGGCCGAGAUGUCCUGGCUGUUGGCAAGAACUACAUGGAACACGCAAAGGAAUUUAAUAGCUCGGGCUACGAUAGCUCUGACAAGGUGGACUUGCCAAGCCAUCCUGUCAUAUUUACAAAGCGCGCUACAUCGAUCGUGGCCCAUGGAGAUGAAAUACACAUCCAUGACGGUUUUACCGAAAGCGCUGAUUUUGAAGGCGAGAUUGGGGUUAUCGUUGGUAAAUCUGGGUACAGGAUCCAUGAAAAUGAGGCUUGGAAAUAUGUUUGGGGAUACACGAUCAUCAACGACGUCACUGCUAGAGAACGACAAAGAGACCACAAGCAGUUCUACAUCGGCAAGUCCGCAGACACUUUCUGUCCAAUGGGCCCGAGUGCUGUACGAAAGGAGGAUUUACCAGAUUGGGGCCGAUCUUUGCGCUUGCAGACUCAUGUUAAUGGAGAACUACGUCAAGAUGCUACGGCCAGAGAUCUCAUCUUCUCCAUCCCUCAUCUCAUCAGCACGCUGUCUGCUGGCCAGACGCUCCAGCCGGGCGAUGUUAUCGCCACCGGCACUCCGGCCGGUGUUGGCAUUGGCAGAGUCCCUCCGGUUUUUUUAAAACCUGGUGACGAAAUUGCCGUUACUAUCUCUGGCCUAGGCACUCUGAGGAAUAGAGUUGCCGAUCACUUGCAGUUGAACCCUACCGAACUCAGAAUCCAAGAACAGUGUUCCGAGCUAUUUCGCCUCGAGAACGGCGAAAAGUCAAGACACGGGCAAUUUGGCCUACAAGAAAAGAUUGGCCGCUUCGGAGCAGGUCACCAGCGUUUUGGGGUCAGAAAAGACCCCAUCAUUCUCAUCCACAGCCUCGGAGGCACCAAAGACUACUGGCUGCCAUUGAUAUCGACUCUCGAACUCGAAAAGUCCGCCUCGGUACACGUGUAUGACCUCGCGGGACAUGGCUUGACACCAACACACUCCCUUCAGACAAUCACCGUCGACUCCCUGACUCAAGAUCUUUCGGAUGUUUUGGGACUAGUUGAAGCAGAGGCCGACGUCACCUCGCCUCCGACUCUUAUUGCUCACUCUUUUGGGUGCCUUGUCGCCAUCAAAUAUGCCCUCGCCCAUCCUGGAAAUAUCAAGAAACUAGUCCUCUUGGGACCGCCCCCCUUGCCUCUCCUUCCCUCUACAAAGGACCAUCUGGCCAGUACCGUGGCUCUCGCGAGAAGCCAGGGCUUGUCCGAAAUCAUCGAAGAUGUCGUCGCGUCCCAAGUCUCAGGUCAUACCAAGAAGAAUAACCCUUUGGCGGUGGCUGCUGUGCGGCUCAGUCUCGCAGGUCAGGACCCAGAGGCUUACGCCAAGGUAUGUUCAGCUUUUGCUUCGGCUGGUGAUAUUGACCUCAAAGAGCUCAAUGUUGAGACAUUGCUGGUCACGGGUCAGGAGGAUUCGGCAUCUUCCCCAGCGGUGGUCGAAGAAUAUGCGCGAAAGAUCAAUGGCUCUCGCCAGGUUGUGCUCCCCAACGUGGGCCACUGGCAUGUCUUUGAGGAUCUAGUCAGCGUGGCUGAGAGUCUUCGGGAGUUUUUGUAA